CUUCAUUAGCAACAACUCCCUCUAUGGACCCCUUCCAGACUGCCUCUUUGACAAGUGUAUCACACAAAUUGAUGUGAGCGGCAACAGCCUGUAUGGGCGCAUCAACCGCGACUUCAAGAACAUGGUGACGACCAUGGGUGCCCCCGCCCGCGACUUUGAGUACAUAGCGGCGGAUGACAGUCCCAUUGUCAACUUGGCUCACAACUUCUUCUUUGGAGAUGGGGUGCUCUUUGCUCUCGGCUGCAAGGUCUGCCCCACUGAGAUCAACAAGCCCAACAACCUGGGCAUAAGGGACAGCUUUGCAUGGCGAGAGCUUGGUGGCAAGUGCAACUUUCUUGCUCCAAAUAUGCCGGCGAGGGUGAGUCUGUCGGGCAACUGCCUGACCCUCACCCUGAACAACCAGUGCUCAUCCAACGCCACCCAGCGCAGCACAGCAGCCUGCCAGGCGUUCUGCAGCAUCACGGACAACGGCCCGUGCGACGGCCAUGGGGCGUGUGUGCCGGCUGACCCUGCCUCCCCCUCCAACUUCACGUGCCUCUGCGAUGCGGGAGUGAGCCCCUCAAACCCUUCAGUUCCAUUCCAUCUCGCCCAUUACUGCACCACUUUCCUGGCUUCCUUCCCGACUCCCCACCUCUCCCAAUUUUCGCUCUCCACUGCCCUCAUGCUCGCCUCUCCUCUGCCCUCAUGCUCGCCUCUACUCUGCCCGCAUGCUCGCCUCUCCUCUGCCCGCAUGCUCGCCUCUCCUCUGCCCUCAUGCUCGCCUCUCCUCUGCCCUCAUGCUCCCCUCUCCACUGCCCUCAUGCUCGCCUUUCCUCUGCCCUCAUGCUCGCCCUCCUCUUCCCUCAUGCUCCCCUCUCCACUGCCCUCAUGCUCGCUUCUCCUCUGCCCUCAUGCUCCCCUCUCCACUGCCCUCAUGCUCGCUUCUCCUCUGCCCUCAUGCUCCCCUCUCCACUGCCCUCAUGCUCGCUUCUCCUCUGCCCUCAUGCUCCCCUCUCCACUGCCCUCAUGCUCGCUUCUCCUCUGCCCUCAUGCUCCCCUCUCCACUGCCCUCAUGCUCGCUUCUCCUCUGCCCUCAUGCUCCCCUCUCCACUGCCCCCAUGCUCGCCUCUGCUCUGCUCUCAUGCUCGCCUCUGCUCUGCUCUCAUGCUCUGUCCACGCAUCUACACCCUUAGUCUCUCACACCUCUGGUCUGAAAUUUUUUCUGUGCGCAGAGAAGUGGGAGGGGUUGGACGUGUGUGAGCAGUUCUCGCUGCAGCAGAUGCUGAGUGCCACCAGCAACUGGUCGGAGGACAAUGUGCUGGGCAAGGGCGGCUUCGGCAUUGUCUACAAAGGCCGCUCGCCACAGGGCCAGCUGUGGGCCAUCAAGCGCUCCACCAUCAUGACCAACGACUUUGAAACGGAGGUGCGAGCCAUGGCGUCUCUCCACCACACACACCUCGUGCGCCUGCUGGGCUUCUGCCUGGACCAGAACGUGGAGACGGGCAAGCAAGAGCAGAUCCUCGUGUACGAGUUUAUGGCCAACAGGGACCUCGAGUACCAUAUUCACAGGACCAAGCGUCCGCUCUCGCUGCGCCAGAGGUUGCGCCUGGCACAGGGAGCAGCAGAGGGCCUGGCGUACCUGCAUGGGUUUGACACACCCAUCGUUCACCGCGACAUCAAGCCGGCCAACAUCCUUGUGUCUGCCGACAUGCAAGCCAAGGCUAUGAAGCUGGUGGAGACAUAUGAGGUGGAGGAGCUGAGGGACAGCAAGAUGCCGGCAGUAAGUGAGGAGGCCAUAGUGGACUUUGCAGACCUGGCUCUGGACUGCAUCAAGUCUCCCGGCACACGGCGACCCACCAUGAAGGAUGUGGCAUACCGCCUCAGUGCCCUCAUUGACAAGCACUGCCCUGACGAGGAGGAUGAGUGGGAGAAUGUUGUGACAGAAGAAGGGACAAGCAACCAAGGGAUGCCUUCUGAGUUGUGUGGAGGUGGAGGGAGGGAGCCUGAGAGGUCUCAUGGCUCACAGUCUGGUGUGAUCUCAUUCACGGUCUUGCCUCGCCGCAACACCCGCCCACUGCCUGCGUCCUCCCCGCUGCUCCCCUCGCUUCUUCUGCCGCCCUCCCUCACUGCUGGCGUCACUGCCUGCUGUUGUGCCCUCAUCCCCCUCUCCUGCCUCGUGUCAGUCCUGCGGGAUCGACGCAUGGGUGGCACCGCCGCUGCUUCCAAUUCCAAAUCUUGUUUCAUGCACGCACCCUUCUGCUCCACGUGCUCCCCCUGCUCCCUUUGCUCUUUCUGCUCCCUCGCCCGCCUAUCCUGCCUUGUGUCUGUGCGGGAUCGUUGCAUUGGAGGAGGUACAGGCGCUGGCUAUGUGACUGCAUGCUCUCUCGCUCCCUGCAUCACCCCCAUCCUCUCUCUCCCUCUCCACCCCCCUCCUCCCACUCGCCCUCCCUCACUCUCACCUCCCUCACUCCCGUCUCCCCAGCCACUGCCAACAACUCUUGCUCUUCCUCCUCCUCCUUCCUCCUCCUCUCUCUCUCUCCAGCUGCUGUUCUAG